CAGUGUCGGAGAGUAAGAAAGCGAAAGAACUUGCAGAUUCAUAUGAAUUGCUGUUAGAAUUGGUGAGAGAUUUAAUACCUAUACAGAUGAAACUUGGUAUAGAUAUCAAUCCCAUUUUAGAAGCAGAACUUAGAAGGAAUAAAGCCUCUUCAGAUAAACUAAUUAGAUUAUUUGAUUUGCUUUUAUGCUUAGAAGAUGAUAUAGUGACAAUUCAAAAAGAACUUAGUAUUGUUGGUUAUACUAAUCAAGAAAUGGCAGAAGAAGCCGAUAAAAAUACGAGAGUGUAUCUCCGAAAGUUUGAAGAAUUUCAUAGUCCCUUAGAAGAUGUUCCAAGUGUGUUAAUACAGAAAUUCAUUGAUAGUAGGGUAAAGAAAAUUUGGUUUACUAGUGAGAGACUACCAUUAUUUCCGAAUGUCUCUCUUCAACAAUUGCAUGAGAUUUUUGUCAAAAAAUCGGCUAGCAACAAUCAGUGCCCAUGUCUAGAAUCAAAAGUAGAACAAGGAAAAUUAUCACAGAUAUAUAUACAUCACAGCAAAUAA